AUGUUGGGCCAGUUUCCCGCAUCUAGGCACGACGGUGCGGAAUGGCAUUCCGACGACACUUAUCGAAAGAAACGGCAAUUGCAGCCUAUCGCCUUCAAGGCAUGUUUGGCAGAACUCCGGGCGGACUGGAGCGCCUACAAAGAUGUAUUGGACUUUCCUUCCUGGUCGAGCACUGGUUUCAUCUGUUGGAGGUGCCACUGCAGGAAGGAGGAUCUUAAGAUUUUUCGAGAUUCGACCUUGGAGAAGUAUCCGCUUAUCUCGAGCAUGGAAUUUUUCGUGCGGCAGCAGCAAGAAAACAAGUUUAUUUCCAAGCUGUUCUCGAUUCCUGGAUUUGGCACGGAAAAUUGCAAAGUUGACUUUCUGCAUGCUGCAGAUUUGGGCAUAACGAUCGACUUCAUGGGUUCACUUUUAUAUUACAUUCAGGCUGAACGAAUUCGUGGCCAGUCAAUGCUGAAGCGAUGUGCAAAGCUGUAUGAGGACAUCCACAGUUUUUAUGAAAGGAACAGCACCCAGGACAGACUUCCCAAGCUUUUGCCGACGAUGCUGAGGGCGGACGAUAAGGGGAAGGAAAAGGUCCCAAAGCUCAGGGCUAAGGCUGGAGAGGCCAGAAGUUUGGUUCCCUGCAUGGUCGAGCUGGCGAGGAAGCACCUGGACGACAGCAAAGAGCAAGAGGUAACUAUGAUCAGAGCUGCACAGGCGUUGCAAGCGAUCUAUAGUGGUUUGUCGUCGGCGACUUGGAAUGUAGAGGAUUUCCAGAAGAACGUCCAAGUUUUUUUGCUGGUCAUGAGCUCUUUGGAGGAGUUCUUCCAGGUGGAUAUGUUGUUUCGUCUGAAGCCGAAAGCGCACAUGCUCUUGGAGUGCAGCCGAGAUGAAUCUGAAGAAGGUACGAGCCCUGCACUUUUCUGGGCCUACAGGGAUGAGUCUUUCGGACAUACCUUGGCGAUCUUGGCUGCUCGUCGAGGCGGAAAAUUCAGUAUGAAGGCCGUCUCGAAAGCCGUACUCCUAAGGUUUAUGGCUGCCAACAAAGUUCCUCGCUUGAUGGAAGCGAGUUGA